AUGGAUGCCAUAGAAACCGAUGUGACGACAAAUUCGUAUAAAAAGGCCAUAAAUUAUUUGAAAGAGAGGUCCCAGAAUAUAGACAUCUUUGAUGUGACAGGAACGACAGACAUAAAUGAUGAAACAAUAACGGAAUUUAUAAGAUCGAACAUUUUAUCCCCAAAUGAUAAGCAGAUAGUAGAACUGUUUAAUGAAAAAAAAAUAAAUAAAAUUAUGUUAAUUAAUUAUAUGGAAAGGAAAGUAAAAACAAUACUUCAAGGAAAGAUCCAUUUAUUGUUAGUACUCACUUCCCCCAUUUGGAUUGCCUAUAUGUUACUCAUAUCGAAAACGUUAAAGACAAAGAUUUUUACGUCCAUUGCAGCAUUAUGUAUGUUUUUUAAUUUUUUUGCUUCUUUCUUACUUCACAAUUUUGAAUGGAAACCUGAAUUAUAUUUCUUGAUUGAGAAGAUUGAUCACAUUGGCAUUUUCUUAAUGAUUAGUGGAUCAUGUUUACCAGUACCCGCACUGCUUUUUAAUAAGAUACAAUUUCUAUAUUAUAUUAUCCUACAAGGGUUGACCUCCCUCUUUGGGUGCUUAUUUAUAUGUUUCAGCCGCUUCAGUACGGGCAAUAGGAUUACACGGGCCUGCACCUAUGUUAUAGCUGGGCUCCUGCACGUCCUAUUUUUGAAGGAUUAUAUAAUGGGCCUCAUUCCCAAGGAAAUCGCUUUCCUCAUUUUCCUGGCUACACUUUAUUGCCUGGGGGCCACCUUCUAUUCUAUGAAGAAGCCCAACCCCAUUAAGGGCAUUCUGGGGUUCCAUGAUCUCUUCCACAUUUGUUGCCUUGGAAGUGGCCUACUUACAAUGGCCUUAAAUUGCAGUGUCAUCAUGAGGAAUACAUGA